AAGAUGUGCAUCCAACCUGCCAAGAUGACCAAAUCAGGCUUAUAAUUUUCUUGAAUGAGUUUAGCAACAUGAAUGUCAAAAUCGACACGUGUCUUGCCUUGAUCUUUAAAUUGCUUAAGAGAUACUGUCUGUGUGGGGAUGCCCGCCCUUUUUGCACGUUCAAGUCCAAAGGCUGCUUUUCGAUUGGAUAUGACACCAAUAAUUCUGGCUUUAAGUCGACCCUCUUGUGUAGCAUCAAUCAAUGCUUGAAGGUUAGUGCCUGAACCUGAAAUGAGGACGACGAUCGUUUGUUCUAUCGUUGUUGCCAUACUAUUAUGCUAAAAUGAGAAAGUAAAAUAAAAAUAAAACAAGCAGUAGUAGUAGUAGAUUUAUUUUAAAACUCCAUUAAAACUGAUAAUAGAUGUUGUGUAAUACUAGUGACUUUGCAUCAAAAAAAAAGGCCAUGUUUUUAAUUGCAGCAGCACUUUCUUCUUUGUUAAAAGAAAAAAAAAUGUCAAAAUGCUUAUUUUCGCAGAUUAUAGAAAAAGAUGAAAACGAUGUUAAAGCUGCAAUUCCACUAAGUAAAACUAAGCCUGAUUUAAUCAAUGGUAUUCCAUAUUCAGGAGAGGAUUAUCUUUUAACUGUUCGAGAACAAGCAAAAGAAUACAAGCAAACUAUUGUAGCACCACCACCGAAAGAAAUAAAAAAAAUACAAUUACCUGCUCAUUUUCAGUUCUUUAAUAGUUCGAGUUCCGUUGAUGAUCAAACAUUAGAAGUAUGGAGAAAAGGAUUUGCAACUGUAUUUAAAUCCUAUCAAAAAUAUAUACAGGAAAAUAAAGAAAUACUGCAUAAACCAAAAGAGAUAAGAUCAAGAACAGAAGCCUAUGAUUUACUUUAUUCAACUAAUCAGCCUUUCACCCAAUCAAUCCCAACUUUUUCUCAACAUACUAUUUUACGUAUAUUAGAAUAUCAUAUACAAUGGCUAAACACUAUCAAAAAAGAAGAAGAUAUUGAACAAAAGUGUCAGCGAAUAUUUGCAUUAUUAGUUUAUUUAGAUCCUGUAUUGACAUAUAGUAAUAUAUCAAUAUUACGCGACUUAUCAAGAGAAUGCAUUAAGAUACGAACUAAACAUUUAAAUCAAAGAUCUUGUUUAAACAUUAUUAUUACAAUUAUAGCAGAUGUAUUUGGUCAAACCGAUUUACUUUAAAAAAAAAUAAAAUAGAGUAGUCGUGUCAAUCUCAGGUUAUGAUCUGCUUAUUAUUAUUAUUCAAUAAGAGCAACAUGAAUAACAAAUUCAAUGAUAUCUAAACAAAGAUAAUAGGCGUUUAUUUACAGAUAACAUCUAUGUUAAUAGUAAAUAGCUGCUGUUUGAUGAUCGUUUUUUAUACAUAAAUUU